AUGAGCACACAGGACCACUGGAUGGUUACGCUGCAGAGCAUCUACUACCCUGUUCUUGCUGCCGUGGGGAUCCCCUCCAACAUCCUGACCUUCCUCAUCUUCUGGAAGAGGAACUGCAUGCUGUCCAGGUCCAGCACCUUCUACCUGAUGGCCAUCUCUGUGUCGGACACCUUGGUCCUGGUGCUCAUUGUGGUGCUGGAGCUGACCCUCAAGUACUACACUGAGGAGCCGUUCUGGAGCCACGAGCCCUGGUGCAGCCUCCGUGACAUCUUCACCUACGGGGCCUAUAACACUUCCACCUGGCUGGUGGUGGGACUGACAGCCGAGCGCUUCGUGGCCAUCAAUACAGUGGCCCUGAAGGCCAAACUGUGCACACGGCGCUGCACCCUCAGAGUCAUCACCGCCGUCGUCCUCCUCAGCUUCCUGUGCACCAUCCCGUUCUACUGGUCCAACAGCUCGGUCUUCAUCGCGCAGGAAGGCCGCUGGGUCUGCGUCUACAAGCGUGCCGCGUCCGACCUCUACGUGCAGGCGCUGGUGUGGUCCCAGACUGUGCUGGUCUACAUCCUGCCCUACCUCAUCAUCUUCUCUCUCAACGGCCUGACCAUGCGGCUCAUCGCCCGUAGCAACCGCGUCCACGUCGUCGCAGAACCCGGGGCGGGGCCUCAGAAGGCCGUGCCCCUCCUCCGCGCGAGGAAGAGGAAGUCGGUGGUGCUCCUGGUGACCGUGUCCAUGAGCUUCGCCCUGCUGACCGUCACCCGCUUUGUCACCCAGAUCGCCCUGCGCACGCCCCGCCACUACGGCGAGGACCGCAACGAUUACUCGGACGUGGUCAACGUGGCGGCUGACGUGGGCACCAUGCUGAGUCUCAGCAAUGCGGCUGUGAACAUGUACCUAUAUGCAUGCACGCAGCCACGGUUCCGCCGGGAGGUAGCCGCCUGCGUCCGCCUGGUGCUCCCGCCACCUAAGCCCCGCCCCAGCGCUGCAGCCACUGUCACCUGCCACGUCUAA